AUGGGCAGUGCAGUCGAGACACUAUGUGGACAAGCCUAUGGAGCCAAACGGUAUGAUAUGCUUGGGAUCUAUCUCCAAAGAGCAACAAUUGUCCUCGUUAUAGUGGGUUUGCCCAUGACAGUGCUAUACACCUUCUCAUUCCCGAUCCUACUUAUGUUAGGCGAACCCAAAUCAGUGUCGUACACAGCUUCUUUGUACAUCGCUGGACUCCUCCCUCAAAUCUUCGCCUACGCCGUCAACUUCACGGCCCAAAAGUUCCUCCAGGCCCAAAGCGUGGUGAUUCCUAGCGCGUACAUCUCAGGCGCUGCCCUUCUCCUCCAAAUAUUGCUGACGUGGUUUGCCGUUAACGUAAUAGGCAUGGGCCUUAUGGGCAUCGCUUGUGUUCUUACAGUCUCCUGGUGGGUUAUGGUUGCGGCUCAAACUUUGUAUAUAACGUGUAAUGAAAAGUUUAAACAUACAUGGACUGGUCUUAGUUCGAAAUCGUUCCAAGGUCUUUGGAGUUUCUUUAAACUUUCAGUUGGCUCUGCUGUUAUGAUAUGUCUGGAAACGUGGUACUCACAGAUUCUUGUUCUUCUUGCUGGUUUGCUCAAAGAUCCUGCUCUGUCUCUAGACUGUCUCUCCAUCUGUAUGGCAGUUUCAGCAUUAUCCUUCAUGGUCUCUGUCGGCUUUAACGCCGCUGCAAGUAUACGAACAAGUAAUGAGCUCGGAGCAGGUAAUCCAAAAUCAGCGUUGUUCUCUACAUGGACGGUGACUAUUGUUUCCUUCAUGAUCUCCGUUGGGGAGGCGCUCAUCCUGAUGGCGUCACGUGAUUACAUUAGCUACAUUUUCACGUCAGACGCUGAUGUGGCUGAGGCCGUCUCUGACCUCUGCCCUUAUCUUGCCAUCACUGUCAUUCUCAACGGAAUCCAACCCGUCUUGUCUGGUAUACUGCAUAUAAACUUAACUGGAUUUAACUUAACCAAACCGAGUCAAAUAAAUAUCGGUUUUGUAUUUGUUGCAGGAGUAGCAGUGGGAUGUGGAUGGCAGACAUUCGUGGCAUAUGUGAAUGUUGGUUGUUACUAUGUUGUUGGUAUUCCCAUUGGUUGUGUUCUCGGCUUCACUUUCAAUUUGCAAGCCAAGGUUCGUUACUAG